AUGGUCAUCCCGGUCUUUACUCUCCUAGACUUAACCAUCACCCAUAGACGACGGUACAUACUAUCGAGUGUAUUACCAGGGGCGGAUGUGACGAAUCAGCGUGUAAAGGCAGAACAUGCUGAGCCCGUGGCUGUCACCUCCAAUCUUUCUGCAUGCAUCACCACUGGCAGCAGUAUUGCUCCAUCCCAUGUUUGCAUUCUGGCAGAUGAACUCGGGCAGUUAACAUUGUCACCACCAUUGAAGUCAACCCGCAAGGGUGCUGGCGAGAAAGUAUCCAAGAAGGAGCAUGGUCAGCAAACCAUGAGGGCAUUAGAUGUCCUUGACAACAUCGAGUCCCAUAUUCAAUGGAUCUUCUGCUUGCUACUGGAUUCUGGUGACCUUAAUGACAUUGGCCGCGAGGUACCUUUGCUUCACAAAGCUGUCAAGAAUGCAAUCAUCACUCAGAUUGAUGACUUGGCUGCACAGAUCAGCAGGCAUAAGCCAUCUCAUGAUGUGCUGGUAUCCGUCGAGAUUAAUACCAAGAUUUUCUUGUACCACAACUUCAAAGAUUAUCUUGCUAGUCUCCUCUCGUGUAGAGAUAUCGAGGCUGUAAUGGAUCAGGCAUGCGAUGAUGUCAUGGAAUCCAUUAACUCUCCUCAUCUACCCUUCAUCAAAAAUCUGUUUGAAUCUCAAUUCCUCUGUCAGUUUGGUGGCCUGGAGCCAGGCUUGCCUUUUAUUGACAGAGGAGAGGAAAGACUUUAA